CGAAGCGUCUCUCCCUCGUGCCUCGCUCUUUCCGCGUCUUCGAUGAAGACACGAGCAAUGUGUUUUGCACAUCAGCGCAUAAUCCUGGUCAGUGCCAGCAAGGGGAAUCGCAUGCCACACUGACUCCCUGCGCUGGCACACAGAACAAACAUCGACGCCAUACAAAACAUCAAGGACAGGACCGAUCCGCUAGCCUUUGGCAACGACAUGUCGUCACUCUCCUGAUGGCAUUGGACCCACCAUCUGACGGUUCAAUCACCCUGCUCUGUUAGGGAUGGCCGCUAUACGAUCUGCAAGUCGAUCAAGCAUCAAGUCCUCAGCCGAGGUGGGCAGCCCUUCAAAUACGCCCUGCAUUAUCGAGCAUUGCGUGGACAACCUUACCGGCGUGGGCCCGAGUCUCCCCGAAGGCGGACGCUCGAGGCCGCGGGCGCACGGCUCGAGCGCUGCCACGAUCCGGCGGCCCCCGGGCAGCCGAAGACAGCAUGGCUGGCACCUGGGCGGCGCGCGGGUCGUCCUGAGCAGGUCGAGCAACGUCGACGAGCACAGGGCGACGAAAUCUACACAUAGCCACUGCCCCCCUGGCCAGGCGGCCAGCGGGCCAUCCUGAGCAGGUCGCGCACAUGUGAGAAGGUAGACAUCCGGGCGGCCUGUGGAUCGCCCUGAGCAGGCCGGGAAACGUGGACGAUCGGGCUGUGAGAAGGUAGAGCACGAGCUGGCGGAAUACAAGAUGAUACCAGGGCCGUGGAGGUCGUGAUGUAGCCGCCGCAGGCUUCAACUCUAGGCAGACUCAGAAGCCCUGACUUCCACCUCUUGCCCCAGCUUCGCGCUGCGGUACAUCGCCUCUAUCGAAACGACCGUCUUGCAACCGACAUCAGCAUCGGCUGCAUUGAAAAUGUUUUGGCCAAGGCAGGCGGCGAUGAGUGUCUGUACGGACUCGGGGCCGUUACCCUCCUUCUCAAAGUUCUCGAACUCGAAGCCUGGGAACUUCUCGUUGUUGCCGUCGUGGCGCUGCAGGACCAGUCCCUCGGACACGCACGAAUUCUCUCCCGACCCUGUAGAUUCGACAAUGUCACCACUAAAAAGAAGCAUACCCUCUGUACCGAUGAUCUUGUUGUCGACCUUUUUGCAUGAACCUGGGAUGUCGCCUAUUCCCUGAACGGAGAUCGUGGCACCUCCCGUGCAACGAACGGUCGCAGAAUCGUAUAUAUCGGCUCCAGUCGUUCCAGAAUAGCUCAUGUGACAAAAUACGCUCUUCGGCGUCAGUCCAGUGACCAGGUAGACCCACGCGAACGUAUGCGACAGUUGACCCCACGCAAAGCCAUUCCCAAGCAUUGUGCCAGUAGGUUUGACCCAACCUACAUUCGCUGGAUUGUGAAACAGCCAUGCCAGAGGGCUGAAUAACGCGCAACUUACGUGCUUCACUUCGCCAAUUCUGCCACCACGUACAAGGUCAUGCGCUCGCUUAGACUGCUGCCGGAAGUUUGCCGAGUUGUUCACCAUCAAAGCCUUACCGUACGACGAUGCGGCUUUGGUCAACUCGAACGCUUCGAAUGGAUCCGUUGUCAUCGGUUUUUCUAUCAGGAUGUGCCAUCCCGCUGACAUGGCUUUCAUGCCAACUUCGUGAUGACUUGCAUGCGAAGUGCAAAUAAUGAUUCCGUCCACCAUCCUAGCCACUUCCGAAGCGAGGAGGUCGUCCAUGCUGCGAAAGACAGGAACGCUGUACAACUCGCGCAGCUCAUCUGUUGUUUUGCUGUCGCCCUCGACACACUUCGGAGCAGGAUUGGGUUCGACGAUGGCGGCAAUCUCUGAGUUUGGGUUACGAUGAAGGUGUGGGAGGUGCCACCCUUGCGACCACCAGCCUGCACCACACACUACGAUCCUCGCCUUCUUGGUGCAGUCUGUCCUCGCUUUCUUCGGCGAGGUCUCAUCAUUUGCCGUGGCCAUUGCAGCCUGCGCACCUCGAAAAACAACGGCGCCCUGAUCCAGAUUGCUGACGCAGAAGAACAACAACUGCAGCAGCUGGGGAGACAAACGUGGGAGGGAGGGAAAGGGAUUCCGAAGUCCUCACCGUUACGGACCGCAGCACUCAACACGACUCAAUAGAUCCACCUGACACAGCAAGUUGCUUGAAACAUAGGAUGUGUACAGCACGUCGUAUCAGCUCUCCUCGCAAAGCAGAAAAAGAUCACGGGCAACCGGGCUGAGAAAACGUUUUUCGGAAGGCAAUGCGGCAUGGUUCAAGUACCUAUCGGAGAUCGCGCACGCGUAGUUCAUUCCUCCCGCGUCCAUCCGACUCCUGACAUCAUCCUGCCUGUUACACUUCACUCAUACUGGGGAAGGUGAACAAACGAAUGAUUCAAAUGGAAGUUCUGAUUCAACACUGUCUGCGCCGCCGGAGCCCAUGACGGUGUCCAAGAUAUAACAAUGACGUGUUCCCCGGGCAACACAGCCCGAUGUGGUAAGCUGUUCCGCGUGCGCGUGGUUAUCCAGUAUGAGGCUCUAGCUGUGGGCAUGUGGCGCAUAAGUGACAUAUUCCGUGUUGGUCAGCCUCGCACGGUCUUGGGCCACCAACCCUCCUUGGGCAGAAUCGUGCGAAAAUUCCCCCGAAAAUGCUCUUCCCAAAACAGUCCAUCCACUGGCGGGCUGUUGAUUGAUGUGGUAGUGGCUUGGCAUUGGACGUCGGAAUCUUCAUCUGCCCUCCAUACUCUGCACGAAGGUCCCCCGAACAUGUUUUUAGCUGUUGGCUCACCAUGUCGCAAAUGUCGCGCGCACUCACAAGCACAUGCCCGAGCUAGUCCCAGCAGCUCGACCACCACUGUCUCGCCCGAUCGCUCCCUCGCCCAGUACAAGCAUCGAGGCGGACAAGGCAGCGCCACGGCAUGCCCGCCAUCGUGUUUCGCCCCC